AUGGAAGCUAUCAAGGGAAACGAAAACCUCUUUAAAACAAGACGCCUUCUGUUCCGCGGAGUUGAGAGCAGCGACGCGGCCUUCAUCCACCAGAGCAUCGAGAGCGAUCCCCUCAACCAUGUGCUUUCCUAUCCAACCCUAGUCGUACCACCGAGCACGCAGUCCUCGGCCGGCAUGGUUGCGAUGAUCGAGAAGUCUCUCUUGUCCGUCAUCAUCUGCCUCCAACCAAGCCCAGAUGGGGAUGCAGAAGCCUCCGACACGCAGCAACGCAACGGCACAAAGCACGCAGACGACUGCCAAGCCACCCCCUAUAUAGAGCAGCUCGGAGAGAAUCCAAUCCCGAUCGGUUAUCUUUGCAUCAAUCUAGGGGACCACGCACUGCCGUUUGACAUGAAGCACAAUGGCAACGCCAGGCUGGGCAUCAUGAUCGCCAACCAAUUCCAGAACAAAGGGUACGGCACCGAGGCGGUCAAGUGGGCAAUCGACUGGACCUUCCGCUUCGCCCGGAUGCACAGCGUAAGGGUAGAGAGCAUCGGGUACAAUCAUCGAGCUCAUGCGGUUUACCGGAAGCUAGGGCUUAAGGUCGACGGGCGGCUGAGGGAGGCGCACUAUCACGACCGAAAGUGGUACGACGUGGUUUGCAUGUCUAUUCUGGAGACAGAGUGGGAGGAAAUGAGAUCUUUGGAGAAGAACUCAGACUGA